CAGGGACAUAGCGUGUGGGGUGCCAGGAGCUUGUGGCUCCAGGCGCACAAUUUUCAAGCGGGUGCGAAGCAGGCGCCCCCACGCAGGUGCCCCCAGCAUGGCCUAGCCUAGUGCUCCUCUCCACCUGCUAAGGGCCACAUUGGCCAGCCAGGCAGCUCAUUGCAGAUCCGCUUUGCUCCAGUGGGGGUGGGAUAACUCUGGCAGCAUUAGCUGGGCUGACAUCCUCUGACGGACACAUACCCACCCGCCCUGGAUGCCAGCAACCAAUGCUAUACCACUGCUUCUACCAAGUGGACUGGUUGAGGAGAGAAAGAAUCACCCACCCAUCCCUUCUCUGCUAGCCUUCUGCAUGUCCAUGCUGGUCAUAGAGAAAGGGCUCUUUCUUCCUCAGCAGCCAACACAGAACAUCUUACACUGAUCCUGGACCAACUGCACUGGCUGCCAAUAGUUUCCGGGCCCAAUUCAAAGUGCUGGUUUUACCAUUUUACCACACGCAUUUAAACAAUGCCCAUUCUGUUUCCAAGCAACAGGUCUCAUUUCCCAGGUGGGUGUCUCUGCUGGGUCCUUAGGCAGGGUAGACGUGCACGAGGGUUCAGACGUUCAUGUGUAACAAAACUUCUUAACAGCAGGAGACCAGAGCAGGUGAGAGGAUACUCUGUGAAGGCUUCCCAGUCAGGAUUCCUCACUAGUCUGAGCAACUUGGAGACUCUGCUUCUGGAUACUGACCUCCUCUUGCUUUUAUCACAUGGGAUAGACUUGCACUGUGCAGGGGGCUAAUCCUCUAGGAAAGUUAAUUCGAAUGGCUGGGCACUUCAUUGUUUAUGAUCAGCUUAAGAAGGGGCUUGAGACUGACUGCUUAGGCUUUUAAAAGAUUGCUGGCUCCACUUCCUAGAAAGAACAAAAGAUCCUUUAUUGUCUGCAGAAGACCAUAGCACUCCUAAUCAUCUUGGAUUUGGCCCCACAAAACAGGAAUCAGAAGUAGUUUUAUCCUCUCUCCAUUUAAAACUUAAUAAGGUUGUUUAUUUUGUUUGUAAACAUAAAUAGUGGUUUUGUCCAAAACCUUUUGCCUCUUGAAAGCAAAACAAGGCAGGAUCAAAUGCCAUUUUUUUUUACCUCUUUUAUUUUGUUCCAGCUGCAAUUGAAGCUUGCCGUGGGAGUCUAAAUGCUUAUUCACCAAAUGAAAAAGAAUCCAGAUUAGCCAGAGGUAAUGUUUGUUCAGUCAAAACUUCAGAUGCAAGGGAACUACUCUUAAUACUGUUGUUAUAGCUGUCAAGUGAGAGGAUAAAAAUUUCUCUAGACUCUUGUAAUUCAAUAGCUAAAAGAUCUUUCUUCAGUGAGCGCUGUUGGCUGAAAGGUGCUUCCUUAAAUUAGCACUGAUGGCUUUUGAUGGCUGGUGGCAGCCUGCUACUGAACACACUCUAGUUGUUUUGGUGGAAAUUUGACAGAAACAGUUGGAGAGAAGCUAGUGAAGGAGGUAGAAAUCACAUUUUGUCCCCGUCCCCCCCAGUUAAAUGCUAAAGAGCCUUGUAGGCGUGGGAGGGUUUCAAAUGACAUGUUACAGUACUUGAUUUGGGGGAAACCAACAUGGGUUAAAACCCAGCAGUAUUGGCCUUGGCUGUUGCCUGCUUCUUCGUGUUCAUUUCCUAUUUUUGUAAAUAUAACAUUACAUAAAAAGAUAAUCGAGACUGUCCUCUCACAAGGAAACCGAUCCUUUACAGAGCUGCCCCUGAAACUUCCUACUAUUUGGUGAAAUGGGAGCAAACCCGUUUUAUUAUAUCGAUGGCUGAAAUAGCAAUAUCCAGCCUUUAAAGCCCAGCCUUUAAAGUGAGUAAUUAGGGUAGACAGCCAGCUAUAUCAGAUUGGUGCUACAGAUUAAUGCACAGCUGACUGCACUAAGGCACACAUUUUAUUUAGGGCUGAUUUAUGGCAUGGACCUAUGAGCCACUGCAUGACACGGUUAUUCAGACUUGCUGCUUGGAUAUUUGUUCCUGACUUCCUGACCUGGAAUGAGGCACAGCUGGGACUAAUUUGGCUGCCUUGUCGUCCUGGCCCUCCAGCCUCUCAGUGGCUCCUGCAAAAUAAAGCAGGAAGAAGAGGCUACUGGUAGAUUCUUCAGCAGGCUCUGCUCAGAGCAGCCCACUUGCCCCAUUAACCAGCCUAGUGUGGAAUGUGUGGGUCGAUUCACACGUAGAUUUCCUCACUUGAUUCUUGCAACAUCAAGUGACGAUUUGCGUCUGUGAAUUGGGCUUCCCCUGCAAUAACAUGACAGACAUAAGAACAUAAGACAGGCAUCCUCAACCUUUGGCCCUCCAGAUGUUUUGGACUACAGUUCCCAUCAUCCCUGACCACUGGUCCUGUUAGCUAGGGAUCAUGGGAGUUGUAGGCCAAAACAUCUGGAGGGCCAAAGGUUGGGGGUGGCUGGUGUAAGAAUUGCCCUGCAGGAUCAGGCCCAUGGUCCAUCUAGCCCAGCCUCCUGUUCUCUCAAUGGCCAACUGGAUGCCUAUGGGAAACACACAAGAGGGACCAAAGUGCAACAACGGUCUCUCCGCUGAGAUUCCCAGCAACGUAUUCAGAGGUAUACCGGCUCCAGCAGAGAAGCUGAACGCAGCCAUCAGGGUUAGCAGCCUUCUCCUCCAUCGAGACCAGGGGUCAACAAGGUUUACCUCGCCUGGGCCGGUUCACUCCAGUGGAUAUCCCUCCGUGGGCCAGAUUGCGCGUGUGCGUGAGCGCACGUGAUUUCCGGCAUCUGCGUCUGUGCAGACGCGGUUUUUGGCGCCACAGAAACAAGUCCCCACGCCGUGCUGUGCUGGUUUAGUGUAGUGCACAGGGAUUUGCCAAGCGAGCAGCUCAGUUUGGGAGUGGCUUGUGGGCUGGUUAAACGACUCCUGUGGGCCGCUUGUGGCCCAUGGGCCUUAGGUUGCCUACCCCUGAUCUAGACUAAUCCUCUUUUAAAGUCCUUAAAGUCAGUGGCCAUCACUGCCUCUUUAACUAUGCAGUGGAUGAAUUACCGGUAACUACAGUGGUACUACUGGUUACGAACUUAAUUCGUUCCGGAGGUCCGUUCUUAACCUGAAACCGUUCUUAACCUGAAGCACUACUUUAGCUAAUGGGGCCUCCUGCUGCCGCCGCCGCACCGCCGGUACAUGAUUUCUGUUCUCAUCCUGGGGCAAAGUUCUUAACCCGAGGUACUACUUCUGGGUUACUGGAGUCUGUAACCCGAAGUGUUUGUAACCCAAGGUGUUUGUAACCCGAGGUACCACUGUACUUUCUUUUGACUGUCCUGAAUCUUCUAAAAUUCAGCUUCUUUGGAUGUUCCUGAGUUUGGAUGUUAUGAGAGAGGGAUAAACCCAUUUCAUUAUACACUUUCUCUGCACCAUGCAUAAUUUUAUACACCUCUGUGUAUGUCACCUCUUACUUUUUCUCUGUAUGAAAAAUCACUUUGUAUGCAAGUAGCUCUCCUAGGUUUAAUUCCCAGAACCAUCAGAUAAGACUGAGAAAACUGAGUUAUUGGCAUCCAUCUCUCUUGAUGGACAACACAGUAUGUCUCCAGGGGUGAAGUCAAACCGCUGCAUUAGCAGCACCCAAGUGACCUCCCGGGGGGUACAAGUCUGGACAGUGUGUAUGGACCUCCUGGGCUGCCCAGAUAACAAAAAAACCCCUCUUGGCCUGUCUGAUGUGGUCCAAAGGAAAGCAGAGCAAUAUGUUUGGCACCAGCUUGGCUGCAGGAAUUGCCGGAAGGAAGCGUUCAAGGUGCCACCCAACCUUCUUAGGGACUCCAUUCCGGAUUUGUGUAGGGUUUACUCCUUAGCCUUUUCUUCUGAAGAUAUCCCACAAAGCAGCGGAGGUUUAGGAUCAGAGUCUUCCUUCCCCCAGAUGGGCCCCAUCUGCCCCUCACUUCCCUCUACAGCUCAUGCAGAAAGCACCUUAUUGACCAAUGGACCCACCACUGGUCUCAUUCGGUCAAUCCGCCUGAGCCUAUCUUCACAUGUAGAGGAAGUCCCUAACUCACUGAGCGUUUGAGACCCAUUGGCUCCCUUCACCUGGUUUAGCCAGCCAGUCAAAGCCAUUCCUGGAGUUCGGGCACUGCCGCAUGCUAACAGCUUCUAGGAGCCACAGGUGAGAGCUGAGUGCAGGGCGGGGACCAAAGGUGAACAGUCUACCCCAGAAGGAGCACGACAUGUCCCCCACCAGAGGUACUACCUCUCCCCUAACACCCCAUACACCCCCAAGAAAACUGCAGUGCAGUGCAACCCUGCAGAGUGGCUGCCAAUCCUCUGAUUGGCAACACUGAGCUAGACUGACACAUCUGAUAAAGCCCAAAUUCUGAUCCAGCCAAAGCUUCUUUUGCUCGUCCUCACACUCCCCAUUGCCCUCACAUCUUGCCUUCCUAGGAAUUCCAUAUUGUGUGUGUUCCUUUAGCACCUUGAGAUACAAAACUUUCCAUAUCACUUAUAUACCGCAAGGCAUUAUGCAUUUCCAAGAAUCUGUUGUUUAAAUCCUAGUAAAAACAGCGAAGAGUCUUGCAGCACUCUUUCUGCUACAGAUCCUAGUAGUUUCUGCUAUUUAAUUCAGCUUUCUUUAGGACCUUGUAGAAAUCUGAGGGGUGGUAUUUGAUCCCCCGCAGAGCGUGAAAAGACGGACAAGUUAUGCUCUGCACAACUGUAUUAAUCUAAGAAACAGUGAAAAAGUUUUGGGGGAGAACUGGGUAAAAGGAGAGAGAAAGAGAGAGAGGUUUCGGAGUCCUGCAGGGAUCUUGGCAAGCAGUUCAGAUGAGCCUUCUUCACACACAACUGAAGGGGGUAAGAACAGGAGACAAAAGGCAGCUAGCCUCUCUAAACAGGAAGACUUUUAAAAACCGUUUUUUCUCUCUGCAGUGCUGCAACAGCCGCCCCAAUGAAUUAUGCUAAACUCGGACUCAGGAUCUGCAUAGGCACCUUCUUAUUACAAUGCAAAAAGCCACUGGAGAAAGUUAGGAUUUAGGAACUGCCUGAGAGUCCAGGCAAAACUAUUUGGCUCCAUUAACCCAGCAAUCUGUCACCCCCUUUUCUUUCUUUCUUUCUUUCUUUCUUUCUUUCUUUCUUUCUUUCUUUCUUUCUUUCUUUCUUUCUUUCUUUUUCUUUUUCUUUUUCCCCCCUUUUCUUUUUCUUUCCCCUUAUCAUGGAAGGAAAUGAGAUCUGCCUGGAAAUGAGUUUUGCGGUUACUAGAUUGGUUUGCUCUCUGGAGUUUGUGUCCUCUAGGAUUUUUCCUUCCACCCCCCUGGAACAAUGUGAAGAAGCCUGAUCCUACAGCGCGGAUCCCUGCACUUUCUGAUUUUAAUUUUGUUUUUUUGCUUGUUCGCCUGGCCGUAGUUUGUGCGUAAAAAGAUAACAUUUUUGGAUGAAGCUUCUCUGAAGGCGAAAGGGGGUGUGCGUGUUUGCUGAUUUGGCUUCUCUCCAACAACACCAGAGAUCAUGAGCAAGAGGAUUUCCCCUUGGGAUGGGGAUUUGAACUGAAGUAAGCGAGCAACUCUUGUGUGCUGUGUCUACAUGUAAUAAUAAUUAUUAUUUUUUUGAAAAUCUGCGAGAUUGCUAGGCGGAAACAUGGGAAUGGUGCCGUGUGGGAGAGCUGGGGAUGUGCAGACUUGAUUUGCCUUAUUGUUUAGAAAAUGAAUUAUGAUGUAGCUUUGGGGAGAAAUGGACAGAGGCGCAAGAGAGAUGUGACUCCCUGCGGGUGGGAAACUUGCACAGUUGGGAUGGGUGCUUCUCUCUGGGGACAUUUCACAUGGAUUGCUGUGGGGGCUCUUUCUGAGGGAAGAAGGCAGGCGCAGCUCGGGUCAUGGGGGUCACCGUGUGGGGCUAAUUCGCACCGUUGUAUUUUGCUCCCUCAUGAUAUUACGACCAGCCUCACCAAUCUGCCUCAGAAACCCCUCCUCAUUCCUACAAAAAAAGCACCCACUCCCCACUGAAGGGGUCUUGGGAAGGCACCCAACGUGUGGCACCCAAGGGGGGCGGGAAGGAGAGGUUCGCUGAGGAAAGCGGCAGCCCGAUAAAAAACCCAAACGCCGUCGAGUCGUGGGGAGUUGUGUGACCCCGGAGAGGAGAGCGAUGUGCUGACUUUUUUUUUUUUACACGAGGAGGGGGUUUCUUUUCUUCUUUCUGUCCUCAGGAUAGGAAAAAGAAAUACAUAAAUCCGUGUGUGUGGCGGUGGCGAGGGAAACAGUUGGGAGUUAUAGAGGAGCCUUGGGGGGUCCUGAGGGAAACUUUUGAGAAAGCGAGAAUGCUGUGAGGAGGGGGGCUGCGUGAGGGGGGACAGGAAACAAAGCGGAGCGGAGGACGGCAGGCAUAUCUGCGGUGCGCGCGCAAAGGAAACAGGAGAGUCGUGGGGGGUGGGCGCUGCGGAUUUGGGUCGGGGGCGUUGCUAGUUGUGUGUGUGUGCGCCCCCCUUUUUUCUUCAGAGGGGGAGGGGAGCGGGCAGGAUCCUGUAGGCGAGGGUUGCAGACAGAGCCCUGAGGCUUCUCUUUUUGUUUAAAGAGGGGCCGUGAGGGAAGUCCGGGGGGGUGUCUUUUUAGAGGAGGCGAGGGAAGCCUCAGCCCACCCAGACAUGGGGGGCGGGGAGGCGGUGGCGUGAGGGAAGCAGCGCAGACAUGGUUAUGGGGAGGAGUUGGCUGUCUCCCUUCCUGGGCGAGGCAGGCGAAAGGGGUCUUGGCUGCUCCCGGAGUUUUCCCGCCCUCGAAGGGGUCCAUUUCUCUCCCCGCCCUCCCGCCCCCAUUUAGGAAGGUUAAUAUCCUGCGGUCAAAGGGGGAAGCGAUUCCACAAGGAAGACCUUUUUCUGGUUGCUUCUCCCCUGGCCAACCCCUUUCCCUGUGAGUGUGGACUUGGAAACUAGAAAGGCGCUUUCACACCUGAGGCUUAGGCUACAAUCCUGUACUCUUUAAGAGUUAGGAAUAAGCCCCACUGAGUUUAAUGGGUUUGCCUAUUGAGAAAACAUGUAUAGGAUUGUGGCAUUAAAUUGAGGUUUAGGGGAUACGUGAGAUGGAAUAUAAAAUAUCUGCACCACCUUGGGUGUGGGCUCAAUUUUGAAAUAAUUUUGAUUUUAAAAAUUAAAGGCCUUUAUGUAGGGCAGGGAUCGGGGCACUUGUGGGCCUGCAGAUGUUGGCGUCCAUUAUCCAUAGCUAGUGUGGUCUAUCAGGGAUGAUGGGACCCUGAGAAUCAUCCUGCUCCAACCGUCUGCAAUGCAAGAAUAUGCAGUUGCCCCAUACAGGGAUCAAACCUGCGACCUUGACGUUAUCAGCACCAUGCUCUAACCAACACAUAAAUAGCACACGAGGCAGGCUGAAAGGCAGUGUUGAUGUUGCACAUAGAAUCAUAGAAUUGUAUAGCUGGAAGGGACUGUGCAAUUAUUGCUGCACCACUAAGAAAACCCUCCUCAUAGCUGCACGUAUAUUACGUCUCUGUUCCUACAGUGGGUGCAAGAAUCAAGGCUUCAAAUAUAAUUUACAGCAGGAGCGGCUAAACUCUGUCCCUCCGGACAAUGUUUGACUACAACUCUCAUUAUCCCUGGCCAUUGGCCUUGAGUGUUGGGAGUCCACCAGCGUUCGGAGGGCCACAUGUUAGCCUCUCCUUCUUUACUUCUUUACUGUAAAUUGCAUUGUGGGUUAUUUUUAAAUGAAAGACAGCAUAUAAAUACUGUAAGAAAGUAAAUAAAUGUGGCUUGAGGAGGAAUGUGCCAAGCUUCACCCUGUGGCCAGUUUUGAUAUUGAAUCAGGCUGCAUUUAAGAUAAUAGGAGCAGUUCCCUGUGGUCAGGAGCACAGGGCCCAGGAAGCUGCCUUAUACGGAGCCAGACCAUUGGCCUAUCUUGAUCAGUAUUGUCUGCACUGACUGGCAGCAGCUCUCUAGGGUUUCAGACAUGAGUCUCUCCUGUCCUUAUCUGGAGAUGCUGAGCAUUGAACCAGGGACCUUCUGCAUGCUACAGCCCCUCCCAUUACUGCCAUAUGAUGGAAUGGAAAGAUGGAUGGAGCCUUAUCUGUAUGCUUUCCUUUUGCCACUUCUUCUGGCUGCUGGAAUAGGGCUGCCAGGUGCUUCACAAUUUACUGUUUUAUCUUUGCCAGUCCCAGGCAGGAAGAAAACUAGGAAGUGUAUUGAGUUCUUGAUGGGCUGUGAUAGAUUUUGCUGGUGGGCUGUGUUUGGCUUACACAAUUUGUGUAGGCAGAGUUUGCUAUGACAGGCUUCCCUUUGGCUUGGAGAUAUUAGCCAAGGCAGCCUUGUGCAGAUUAAAGACAAACCCCAUGGUAUCUAGAGACUAUUUUCUCCUGGGAUCAAGGCGUUGGGGGGGCACUUGCUGGGAUAAAUAACUGCCACCCCUGCUGCCCUCCCACAGAUUUAUUGCAGAAAUGGUUUUGUAUGUGUGUUUCCACAAAGGAAUUUACUAAUCUGAGGCAGCUCUGUGCCCCCCGCUCAGCCCACAUAUUCUCAGUAUCCUUUAACCUUUGCCAAAGAAUUCCAAGCAUUUUGAAAACCUGGAUUUUUGAAGCAGGAUAAGUGUAUGCAAACUAAGGAUAUGCAUAAUAUUUGCAAUGUCUAUUCUGGUCACAGAAUUUGAUUUUCUUUGGCACAACCUUUGGCACAACAGCCGUGGCUUUUAUUAAAAUGACAGCAGCUAGCGUCAAAAUAAUUUGUCUUCCCUUUAGCUUUUGGACACUUGUGAGUAGCAACCACUAUUUGCGGUGAGGGAGGAAAAACAUAGGGAAUAAACUACAGAGUUUGUUGCUUGAACUCUUAGCCAUAACUAUAGCCCUCCAUUCUCCAAGGUCUGGCAUGUGAUGUAGGUGCAUCAUUCAAUAUAAGUUUGCCUAAACUUGGCAGGGCAGCUUCCCAGACUCCAGAUUGCUAAGGAACACUGGUAGCAAAGUCUCCUCUCCUUUUGCAUCUGAGAAGAGACAUGCCCAGAGCAGUGAAAAUCACAGACAGCAGGGAAGGGGAAGCAAUUAUGUUGUUUGUCUGCAUCUGAUAUGAUUGCAUGAUUGGAUCAUUCAAUCACACCUGAUCAGCAGAAUUACCUGUUCUCAAAGAAGGCACACCCAGAGCCUCAGACAAGCCUCCUUUAGGCGCAGUAAGUAGUUCAUCCGAGUCGUACCAGAAUGCUCUGGCAUACAAUUUGGGAAUAACUGUAGUAGAAUCAUAGAAAUGUAGUGUUCUAUUCUGUUUCAGCUGAAAGCUUACAUGUGGAAAAACAGGGUCACUCCAGUGGCCUUUAGUCAAAAGUCUGGCCAUGUUUUUAACCAGGCGAAGUUGCCAGAUAUUUUUUCAGGGUUUAUUUUCCAGGGUUAUUCUCAUGUUACAAUAAACAAUGAAAUGUUUAAUAUAAUGGGUUUACUCAUGGGAGAGGCGCAGGGGUUCGCCAGCUUAAUGGUCAAGCUUCUGGCUAUAAUGGCUGUGUGCCUGAGCCAUCUAGUAUCAUUUGUUAUUGUGUUGUUGUUGUUCUUAUCUUUAUUAAUACAUUUUUUUCACUUUUCGUAGAGACAGCAACAUCCCCUUGCUGUUUGUUUUUGCACCAAAGAUGAUCCUUGGAGUUGGCUUGAUGCAGCCUGCUGUUUUAAGGCCUACUCCUGAUCCUUGUUUGGCUCGGACCCUAUGAGACUCUCCACCCCGGCUCCUGCCUUGUUGUGGAACUUGCAAGAUGGGGAGCAGUAGUUCAGCACUGAAAGUUUGCACUGAUCACCAGGGAGGCAUCAACUGGCUGAGCCUCAGCCCAGACGGCCAGUGGCUCCUGACAGGUAGUGAAGAUGGCACUGCACGGCUCUGGAGCACUGCGGACAGCCAGUGCAGGGCCCAUUUUCAAGGUAGGGUAAACCUUCCCUUAGCCUCUGAUUCUGGGGUGCACCCUGUGGCAAACUCCCUCAGUGAAGAUGGGAGCGGGGCAAAAUGACCGCAUCUGAGGUGAUUUAACCUUGGUCAAUCCCUGUCUAUGACAGCUGAGAAUUCAGGGAUUCUUGCUGAUUGCAAGGAAAAAUAAAAGGCUAGCUAUGUAAAUGGAUUAAAAUCAAUAGAUGAGAAGGUGUAUAAAGAAGAAUGAAGCAGCAACAUCAGGAAGCAAUGGACAUAUGUUUGUAACAGGAGCGGGAAACCUAAUUACUUUUAAAAAAUUGUAUUAAAUUUAAAUAAUUUGGAUUGAUUUGUUAAAAUUUGGAAAACUAAUAAAAUUAAUAUAUAUAAAAAAGAGAAUUCAGGGAUUCUCUAUCUGUGGCAGGGCACUUGUACAAAAUAAAUCAGCAGCAAAGAUUUUUAAUAUUGGUGUUCCUGUGACAACUUAUUUUCCAAACUAGGUAUAAAUUAAAGCUGAGGCACGAUGGAAGUGGAAACUGUAUUUUUACUAACAAGUGCUUAAUGAAGGAUAAAGCAGUUUUACGGUUAAAGGGACAGUAUUUUUUCCAUCAGAAAUGCUGUUUCAGGUUUGAGCAAUAACUUUACUUAUAAUUCCCCACAACAGAGCUAUUUCUAAUACAUCUCUUUCCUCCUAGAAUGGCUAACUCUUUCUGUAAAAGACCCUUUCUGGGUCCGUUUCUUUCACAGGACAAAAUUAAACAGGUUUACCCUGCCUGACAAACCCCUAAGCAACUUCCCUAGCCAGACUCCAUUUGGCAUUUAAACUGUCAAAUUCUCUCUCUACUAUCCUCACUCUCUCUCCUGAUUAGCCGUUUCUCUUCCCUGCCAUGAUUGGCUGAGGGUCUUCUGGAGGAUGACCCCAAUGGUCUGUCCAUCACACAGCCCCUCCCAAAUUCUGGUUAAGUGAUAUUAAUGUCUAUGUGGUUGUGGUAGCCCAUAACAGACCUGGCAAGCUGCAGUGUGUCUGUCUGCUUAGUCAGACGGCUGAGAUCCUUCCAUGCUGGAAUCCUUGGAGGAUGCCUUCAAAUGAGGACCGGAAACCUUUUUCUUCAUGGGAGAAGGCAGAAUGAUGAUAUAUUUAAGACUCACACAUUCAACACACACAUAUAAUUUGUUGUGAGGCAAUUUCAUAGAAUCAUAGAGUUGGAAGGUCCUGUAGUUCAACCCCUGUGAUGCAGGAAUCCACUAGAUCAUGCAAAAUGACAGACUGCCACCCAACCUUUUCAUUCAAGACCGACUCUGGAGAAGCCAUUUUAUUUUAUCGUCUGUAUGCUACCCAAGACAUUGGGCUUCCCAAACGGCUUGCAUAAAUUAAAACCCACCACAAAUAUACAAUAUGGGCAACUCGGGAUGAAUGGGGCGGGGGGCGGAACCGUCUCUGCCAGUGGGGCAGUGUGAGGAGGCACCUCUCUUUGGGGCGGGGGGGGGGUGCAGCUCAGAGACUAGGGACAGCAAAAGUGGCUGCCUGGAGGACUCCCAAGGAGAGGGGAGAGGAAAGGAGGCUGAGGGAACACUCCACAAGGGAGGGUGCUCAAAAAGGGGUGAGGGGCUGCCAGCUCUGCAGGGGUAACAUAACUAGGUUCCAGAGAGGUGCUGCAGAAAGAAUGUGCAGUGGUACCUCGGGUUACAGAUGCUUCAGGUUACAGACGCUUCAGGUUACAGACUCUGCUAACCCAGAAAUAGUACCUCAGGUUAAGAACUUUGCUUCAGGAUGAGAACAGAAAUUGUGCGGCAGCAGCAGGAGGCCCCAUUAGCUAAAGUGGUACCUCAGGUUAAGAACAGUUUCAGGUUAAGAACGGACCUCCGGAACGAAUUAAGUUCUUAACCCAAGGUACCACAGUAGUUGGUCAAAGGAGCUGUGGACUCAAAAAGGUUGAAAACCUCUGGCUUAGAAAGUCUUUAAACAAAUUUCUUCCUGGAGUUGUUUUUGGGAGUUUCGAUGCAGGUUUUUUUGUUUUUCCCUUUUAAAUUUAUUUAUUUAAAAGCAUUUAUUUUUAAAAAAAAUAUUUUAAUUUUAUUUUGAUUUUACAUAUACAUACAUAUACACAUCAAAUAAUCAGAAUAUUAAAAGAAGAAAAAAGAAAAAGCAUAUCAGCAAUGAAAAAGAAAAAAGAAAAAGAAAUGAAAAAAAGCCUCAAAACCAAGCAUUUUCAAAUACAAUUCUUUGUAGAGAGUGCAAACCGUCUUUUUGCAACUUCUGGCUUGACUCCUUGAUUCCUAACAUGACUUCCCACUACCCGUGAACGUUACUUGAUAAUUCCUUUUUCUAAAUAUCUGUAUUCAGUUGGCAAGUCUGUGGAGAAACAUUCUGGUUGCCAGUGGGGUUUUAAUCUACGCUAAGCCAAGUGAUGGUCUGGGAACCUCCAUUUUUCAUAUAUUUUAUAAAAAACAUCCCACUCUCUUCUUUGAAUGAUUUCUUAUUGAGUCUGUAAAUUUAGCCAAUUCUAGGUAUUCACUUAGUUAGUUUUUGUUUGUUUCUUUUGCAACUGAAUAAUCUCUAAGGACUCAUGUAAACAACUUGAUUGUCUGCUCUUAAGUUUGUUUUCAUCUUCAGAAUGAGAAAUGCCACUUUUUAUACAAUUUCCAUAGAUUGACCUCAAAAUGAUUAAAGAACAUGGAAGCUGACCAUGUAGGUAUAAGGAAGUGCCUAUUAAACAAGGAACUUGGUGGACUUAAAAAAAAGAAGAACUAUAUUUGAAACAGUAAAAACAUUGAGUCAGAAGAAGCUUGAAUUUCCAAAGUAUACGUAAAUUGUUAGUCAUCUUUCAUAUAGAUUGCAUCCUUCCCACGCAUGUGGAGAAUGUGAAUAGGAGGAGGUUUAAUUCCUACCCAUUCUCUUGCUGAAAUCCUUAUGUGCAACUUACUUGGGAGCAGGUCCCAUUGUUCUCUAUGUGAAAAACACAGGACAAUGGCGGUCAGUGCUAACAGAGCAAGACAUCAGGCCAGCCCAUCUAGGGCUCUGCACUCAGGAAAAUGAGCAGGGAGGCAGGGACCCCAGACCACAUAACCAUUGAGUCCAGAGUUUAAAAAUUACCUAACAGCACCACUGGAUUGCAGGGGUGUGAAUUUUGUUUUUGUUUUUUUAAUAUAUUUUUUAUUGGUUUUUACACACGUUUUCCAAACAUAACAUCCCAUCUUAAACAACAUAACAGACCUUUGGCUAUCACUGCCUAGGACUUCCAUCAACCUCGACUGAUGGUUUUCUAACUUCCUUUCUAAUUUUGCAUUUUAUUAUUAUAGGUAAAGGUAAAGGGACUCCUGACCAUUAGGUCCAGUCGUGAUCGACUCUGAGGUUGCGGUGCUCAUCUUGCUUUAUUGGCUGAGGGAGCUGGCGUACAGCUUCCGGGUCAUGUGGCCAGCAUGACUAAGCCGCUUCUGGUGAACCAGAGCAGCGCACAGAAAUGCCGUUUACCUUCCCGCCGGAGCGGUACCUAUUUAUCUACUUGCACUUUGACGUGCUUUCGAACUGCUAGGUUGGCAGGAGCAGGGACCAAGCAACGGGAGCUCACCCUGUCGCAGGGAUUCGAACCACCGACCUUCCGAUUGGCAAGUCCUAGGCUCUGUGGUUUAACCCACAGCGCCACCCGCGUCACUCUUUAUUAUUAUAGUUAUUGCUAUAAAAUCCAAAUCCUAAAUAAACUCCUUCUUAGUCCUCUUUCGCAAUAAUUCAUAUAGUUCUCCUUACAAACUUCUUGUAGCUCUACAGUGAUGUCAAUUGAUUACAAUCGUCUUUCAAAUAUAUCGUGAAUUUCUUCCAGUCCUUCAGGAAAGUCUGGUCUUGCUGGUUCUGAAUUUUCCCAGUUAAUUUCGCCAACUCGGAAUAAUCCAUCAAUUUCAUCUGCCACUCUUCUUUUGUUGGUAGUUCUUCCUGCUUCCAUUGUUGGGCUAAUAGUAUUUUUGCUGCAGUUGUCACGUAUAAAAACAAUUUUUUAUCAUGCUUAUGAAUCUCUGUACCUUCAAUACCAAGUAAAAGGGCUUCUGGGGUUGUUGUUUUUUACAAAUGUAUAUUUCAGCAUUUUAAAAAUCUCAUUAUAAAUAAUUUCCCAGAAGUCCUUCACUUUCUUACAUUCCCACCACAUAUGGUAAAAAGUACCUUCUUUUUCCUUACAUUUCCAACAUUUAUUAUUUAUUUUAUACAACUGGAGUGUGAAUUUUGAGGCAUAGAGCUGUGGUUUGUAUGAGAUAGUAGAAAGCAUCUUUUAAAAGGAGAGCAAUUGUCCUGGGGGGGGGGGGACCCUGCACAAGGACAUAUUUAUAUCACAGAUUCAGAACAGGUUUCGCAGACAUCUCUCCCUUUCCUGGCAAUCCAGAGUAUUGUAGUUCUUCAAGUGGUUGCAGAUCUGUAGAGAAUUCCAGGCACUAACAAUCACACCUCCCAGGAAUCCUUUGAGGGAAGUUCUGACAGACUAGCAUAAGACCAGUACAAAGGUUCUUUCAGAUCUGCCACAGUAAUCAAUUUAAGAAUGUGAUGCAAACCUUCCUGUUACAACACCAGGGCAGGGAAGCCUGUGGUCCUCCAGAGAUUGCAGGACAAACUGCAAUCAUCCCUGGUCACUGGCCAUGCUGCCCUAGGGUUGAUGGGAGCCGAAAUCCAACAACAUCUGGACAGCCACAAGUUCCUGUUACAAAAAUCUCCUUUUAUAGUUUUCGGUAAAUUUGCACUGAUCGUUUUUCAUUCUGUAUAUUUUCCCUCCAGGACAUGAAAGCUACAUCACAUUUUGCCACUUAGAAAAUGAAGCUGCUUUUACAUGUAGUGCGGAUCACACAAUUCGAAAGUGGGACGUGAUGACAGGCCAGUGCCUGGCGGUUUACCGAGGGCACACAUCGAUUGUCAACAGGUAGGUACUACGGAGUCUUUUAUUUAGAGCUACCUAGAUUUCUCACCUUGCCAACAAAGGUCCGUAUAGUUAAAGCUAUGGUUUUCCUAGUAGUGAUGUACGGAAGUGAGAGCUGGACCAUAAAGAAGGCUGAUCGCCGAAGAAUUUAUGCUUUUGAAUUAUGGCGCUGGAGGAGACUCUUGAGAGUCCCACGGACUGCAAGAAGAUCAAACCUAUCCAUUCUUAAGGAAAUCAGCCCUGAGUGCUCACUGGAAGGACAGAUCCUGAAGCUGAGGCUCCAAUACUUUGGCCACCUCAUGAGAAGAGAAGACUCCCUGGAAAAGACCCUGAUGUUGGGAAAGAUGGAGGGCACAAGGAGAAGGGGACGACAGAGGACAAGAUGGUUGGAUAGUGUUUUCGAAGCUACCAGCAUGAAUUUGACUAAACUGCAGGAGGCAGUGGAAGACAGAAGUGCCUGGCGUGCUCUGGUCCAUGGGGUCACAAAGAGUUGGACACGACUAAACGACUAAACAACAACAACAAAGAUUUCUCCCCUCACUCUGCAUUCUCUGCUUGUCACAACCUGUAAUCUGAUGCUAGUUAGCUCCUCAGCUAACCUCCUCAGGUCCCCCAUCCUUACUUCUGAUUCUGUUCAAAACUAGUCAUUUCCUCCCUAUGCUGUAUUGCACAAAUGGAUUGCCUAAAUUUCUGCUACACAUGCUCUUGGCCGUAUGCGAUUAGUUAUUCCAGCAAGAAUGCUGACGCAGCCACAGCCUGGGCAAGAGAGACGGACAGAAGAACAAGGAGGAACUGAACCGAAUCCUCUGCUGGGAAUGAAAUUGGCAACAGCUGCACCUGAUAAAGAGAUUAAAAAGCAUUGUGUUAAGCAUACUUCUUAGUAGUAAAAAAGAAAGGAAGGAGGGAUACAGCUAAAGCUUUGUUUAAAGAUUUGGAAUUUUGCCCUGCUGUUAAUUACCCCCCAGAGAAGCUUAAAGCCAGACGUUGAUUUGUUAUGCUAAACGUGCAUUCUGUGUGCAAGCAAGAACGGGAUCCUUUUGUGUGUGUGUCAGCUGCCAAAUGUACUUCUCCUUUUUGCAAAUGGAAUUUCUAGAUAAAUUGGCAACCUAGGCUGGAAUACAGAGGACCACCCUUAGGGCUACUAUGCCAUCUUUAGGUAUGGUCAUCUGCAGUGUUCAGUUUUAUUGCACUUGGGGAAAUCUAGGGCCGUGAUAAAGUUCACCUGUCCACGUGGCCAAGCACUUACAGUACAGGGCUGCACCACAAUUUGUUUAGAAACAGCCACCAUCUAGGAAACUAUGGCUGGCAUGCAACCAGGCUAUUAGUGGAUAAGGUUGAGAAUUCAGCUGCCCCUGAAUUUAAUCUGACCCCAUUUCAGUUAAUCUAGAUAUAAAUAAGUUUCUGGAAAAGUAGCUGGGAAUUCAAGGAACUAGCACAGUAUUUUUAUUCCAGCAGGCUUCACAACUGUAUUAUGACAUUACUGUAUUGUUUUAACUCAUUUUUAGUUUUAUUCUACUGGAUCUUCUGUACACCCCUUAGAGACGACUGUGAUUAAGCAGUAUGCAAAUUGGGGAAUAAAAAUAUAUUCAUGUGGGGCACUAUGUUUAGUUCUGCAUACAGCAGUUCAGCUAAUAAAACUGAGAAAAAAGGUACAAGGAUUAUUAAGAUCGCAAUCUUAUUUACCUGAGUGUAAGCCCCAUUUAAUUCUGUGGGACUUACUUUUCAGUAGAGAUGUAUAGGUUUACAUGCUGACAGUCUAAAGCACAAACAUUAUAAGUACAGGUAGGUAGCCGUGUUGAUCUGCCGUACAUAGCUGUCAACUUUUCCCUUUUCUUGCAAGGAAUCCUAUUCGGAAUAAGGGAAUUUCCCUUUAAAAAAGGGAAAAGUUGACACCUAUGCUGCCAUAGUCAGGGGGGGGGAAAUAAAAAUAAUUCCUUCCAGUAGCACCUUAGAGACCAACUAAGUUUGUUAUUGGUAUGAGCUUUCAUGUGCAUGCACACGAAAGCUCAUACCAAUAACAAAAUUAGUUGGUCUCUAAGGUGCUACUGGAAGAAACAUUAUAAGGGCAGGCGGAAGGAGCUGGGGAAAAACUUCAGACUCUUUUGACAUGUGGCUUAUUCCCCCCACCUCCAACAGGAUUCUGGUUUUCAAGGAUUAUCUCUUCAGUGGCUCCUAUGACAGGACAGCACGGUGCUGGAGUGUGGAUAAGGAGAAGCCAAUCCAGGAGUUUCGAGGCCACCGGAACUGUGUUCUGACAUUGGCUCUUUACUCCUCCAAGGAUGUCCUUGAGGAUUCAGAAGAGGAAGAGUUGGAGGAGGAGAAAUUGAGCAGAGGCUUCUUGGUGACAGGGAGCACAGACUGCACUGUCAAGGUCUGGUGGGUGUCCAGCGGCCGCUGCCACCAAACCCUGCUGGGACACACUGGGGCCGUCUUAUGUCUUAUACUUGAUGCUCCAAACAGGGAGCUUUUUUCAGGCAGCACUGAUUACACCAUUCGGACUUGGAACAUCGUGACUGGCGAGCAGCUCAGAGUGUUCAAAGAGCAUCAAGGAUCUGUCAUUUGCCUAGAGGUAAGUGACUUGAUAUUGGCCUGGUUUGUACAUAACACUAAACCAUGGUUUGUUUAACCAAAGUGUCCUUUGUUUGAAUGUCUGAACCCAGCCCAGCAGACUAACCACAGUUUUUGUUUUCUGGGAACAAUCAGCGAUGUGUUUUGUAGUUAGCUAACACACCAUAGAUUGUUUGGUGGCACAUUGGAAUCCAGGUGUCUUGCUUAACCUUGGUUUGUUUGACCACAGCACCCCAAAUGCAUGCCAAACUGCAGGCAUGAGGCAAGAGCAGCUGGAAAAUGAACCAAGCUUUGGAGAAUGAACCAUGGCUUCUUUGAAUGUAUGCAAGGUGACUCAUGUACAAGCCAUGGUUAAGGCUUAGCAUUAUGUGCGAAUGUAGCCAUUCACUGAGGCCAGUGUUGCUGCUUGGAGCAACUGGGCAACCAACUAGGGUAGCAUUUGUUGGGCAGAGAAAACAGCAGAGGAAGCCAGUGUGAUAAAAGACUUCUAUAGUAAUGGAACUAAUGUAAGGAAUGGCCCAAGUAGCGGCUGUUAACUUAUCCCAGUGUCGUAUGCUUAAAUAAGGUAUUUCCUGACAGAUUGCAAUACAUACGUGGAGAGAUUCAGGAAAAGUAAAGCAACUGUCAAGAGUGUGUCCACAAAGGAGAUGAACUGAAGAGCUCCAUGACAAAGAAAAGAAGUAGGAUAGUCUUCUGCAUCUGAUUGGGAUGGAGCACAUCCCUGAGAACUGUGGUCAGAAGGAACUUCUGAGCAACUCUCUUCUAGAUUUCUUUGGUCAGAAAGAUACAGAAAUAGCCUUGAACAGCUGCAUAUAUGCGGAGCAUGUCUGUCAACUACUCUGGGUUUUUAUUUUCCUUGCAUUGAGGCGAGAGCUAUGUACAGUGUGUGUGUGUGUGUGUGUGUGUGUGUCAGAGAGAGAGAGAGAGAGAGAGAGAGAGAGAGAGAGAGAGAGAGACUAAUUCUAGGAAGUAUCCUUAUACUGAGUCAGACCCUUGGUCCAUUUAGGUCAGUAUACACUGACAGGUAGUGGCUCUCCAGGAAUUCAGACAGCAUUCUCUCCUGGCCUUCCCUGGAGAUACCGGAUAUUGAACCUGAGACCUUCUGCAUGCAAAGCAGCUGCUCUGUCACUGACCCAUGACAUUUCUGGUGCGGUAACCAUUGAAAAAUGCAGCUGUGCAGGCAUGGUUCCAUGUGGGAAUCUGUGAAAAGCCAUGCAACCCUGUGAAAAAUAUAUUUGUAUAAUUGCAAGGGAAGGGACCACAGAAAGUUGGAGCGGGAGAUAAAUUAUCACUGUAAGCAUGUUCUAUCCACCACAAAGAUCUCUUCAAUGUUAUGAUUUGUAGACUAGUAGAGUGAGUAAUCCUGGCCUUGGGCAUAGAGAAUGCAGGUUGAAAGCCUGCUCAGCAAUGACGCUCACUGAACAGCCUUGAGAAAGUUGCCAAGCUGGCUCACAAACACAUGUCCAUCACCACUCAGUGACUGCAGCACAAACGGGUGUUUUCUUCAUGUGAGUUGUCACAAAACAAAUGCUAAGGACAGAACCCAGUUACCUCAUGUCAACGGUGUUUUGCCUUUUAGUGGAAUGAAUCCACAUGUUCAGCUGUGGCUCAUCAGGUCAUAGUGUUGAGGAGCUGAAUAAGGCAAGUGCCUUGGGUGUACUGCCCAAAAGCUUCUGACACCUACCUCACAGGAUUGUUGCAGAGGUUAACUGAUGUUGUGAUCUCAUUGGAAGAAUGUUAUAAAAACGAAUAAGCGUGAGGACUGUACCUGACUGCAUGACUGCGUUUAACACAGGGCACUUUCAAUGGAUGGUUUAGCAAGGCAUUGAUCAGGAAGCAGCUGUUACUUGCUCCAUGCAGGGGGAUAACUACAAGGUUGAGAGAGAUAAUCUUGUCUUCUACACGUUGUUUUUGCAAACGCCUGUCCAGUAGUGGAAAUGAGUAGGUGUCAAUUUAAGCUUUCCAGGGUUGAGUCAGUCAUGUGUGGACAGUGUUAUCUGUGAUUCCAUGAAACAUGUUGAUGUGAACAUGGCCAGGGAUGAGUGAGAGGAGAAGCUGCACUGGCCUGCUGGAAGUUAAAUGGCUAAGGUUCUUCCUCCAUGUUUUAUGGGACGGCAUGAAGCAAGUGAAAUGGGAUGAAAGCCAUCCCAUGUAGUAUUGUCAACAUGACCUGAGAAAUUUGUCAAAUGAGUUUCCACCAAGUUCCUCCUUUCUUUGGGAUAUGAAGAUACUGCAAGCGCCAUUGAACAAAGGGUUGCAAGCUCCGCUGGUGUGAAGCAGGGCUGCGGAACCUCUGGCCCUCCAGAUGUUGUAGUGCAACUCCCAUCAUCCCUGACCACUGAGCAUGCUGGCUGGGGCUGAAUGGAGUGGGAGCCCAGCAAGCUCUGGAGGGCCAGAGAUGCUUCCCAUCCCUGGUGUAAAGGACAGACACCUCCAUGCUGUCUGCUUCUCUAGCUGUCCACACAGCAGAAGUGAUUGCGGGGGACCUGCCUAGCCAGCUUCACGAUGCAGCCUGCGAAUGCCACAGAAGGCUAGAGCAUCUGUCUUUUAGGAGCUCAGGCAGUUGCCACUCUGCAGACAUUCCCUAAGAGGUACGAGCGCAGUUGUACUCCUUGUUUUCCGUGAUGUGCUGUGCUUUUCUCCAACAGCCGCUCUGUUGGGAAAUUAGCCAGAGUGAACAAAGCCUUUUCCAAUGCCAGCCAAGAAAAACACAGCAACAAAGCCGUUUGCUGCUUCUUCAAGCCACAGGCAGAUUAUAAUUGGGAUUUGUGUCUCCCCAGCUAUUUAUUUUUUUAAAAAAAAUCAGGCAUUGUUGGGGUUUGGAUAAGUUUGGAAGAAACCUAUGGUGGAAAGGGCUCUUUCCCGCUUCUCCCCUCCCUUGCUAAUCAUGGGAAAUUAAUCUAUGCUCUUGUCGAUGAAAGGCAUGCCUGUCUUUCUAAUGAAAGAAAUUAAAAGCACGUUUCGCAGAGAUUGGCCACUUUAUUUUAUCUUGACAUAAAUGAAGCAAAAAUCGUGUAUAGGCUUUCCUGUAACACACUUGGUAUGUGCCUCACGAUAUAGGAUACCUUAAGCCCUACGGCUGCAGUUGUUUUUCCAUUCCAUUAGCCAAAUGACUGUUGUGGGAGGUUGCAUGAAAUGUUUCUUUUAUUUAAAAUAAUGGAUCUCUUCUGGAAGCAAGCAUUCCUUCAGGAGGAGGGGGAGGGGGAACCUGCACCAAACCGAAGUUUUCUGAACAAGAAAGUUUGCUGUUUUGUGGGUUUCUUGCCUAUGUAUGUUUUCUGUAGAGGAAAAUAGAUGAAAAUAGGAAUUGGUAGGAGACAUUGGCUUUGGUAAUGGAGUGUGCAGCUUCUCAGAGGGCUCAUCCAGACUUCCUUUUGUGCCACUUUUCUAGGAACACGUCUGCUCUUUAAAGCUAUGUGUUGGAGCUGGUGCUUUUCCCCAUGAAAACUUCUGCAUUUUUACUUCUGCAUUGGAGAAAACAGCAUUCUGCAGAAAACCCGAAUUGCUGCUUGUUCAGAUUCAGCGUUAAAAAGCGGUUUUUACUGAGGAAAGCAGUGGGGGGGGGGAGGUGCUCUGACACUACACUUUAAAACAUGGAUCUCUGCCUAGAAAGCACAGGGCAAAAUGUUAAGUGUAGAUGAGCCCAGAGUUUUGUAUCUGACCCUACAUUUUAAAAAACUGCUUGCUAUUAACUAAAUACAUAUAGAUUUGCUUGUUUAUUAUCCUGAAUUGAAUUGCCACCUCCAGUCUAUGUUACCCAAGUCAUUGUGUUAGUCAUUCUAAUCCACUGCCUUUUAAAUUAGAAACAUAUACAAGGGAUUCUUUGUACCUCCGUUUUCUGAGAAACAAGUACAGUCAUACCUUGGUUGACGAAUGCCUUGCGACUCAAACGUUUUGGCUCCUGAACACCACAAAACCGGAAGUGAGUGUUACAGUUUGCAAACGUUCUUUGGAACCUGCAUGUCCAACGUGGCUUCAGUUGGUUGCAGGAGCUUCUUGCAGCCAAUCAAAAGCUGCACCUUGGUUUCCAAAUGUUUUGGAAGUCAAACGGACUUCCAAAAUGGAUUCCAUUCGACUUCCGAGGUACCACUGUGCAGUCAUUACCUCUCCUACAGACUGUUGGAUGUUAAGCUCAGCAGAGGUGGCCCUCUAGGUAGUUCUACUGCUCUUAAGAAGUUCAGGAAGUUAUGGAAUUCCCUCUCCACAGAGGUGCAUCUAGCAUAUUCAUUAUGCUGAAAUGCAACUCUUUACCCUGGCCUUUGCCAUCACACCCACACCCACACACCUUCCUUUCUUGUGAGUGUCACUUGUUUUAAACUGUUUUUAAUACUCUAAUGUCGCAUGCCACACCAGUCUCUGAAUGGUGAGAGAUUCCAGGGGUUCCAGGUGCUCACCCAGGAAUUCGUGUUUCCUUUUGGGAAUGAGGCACAUGGAGACUGUGGGGUCUUCAUGAUACGUGGUUUAUUUACAGAUAUAUGCAAAGGGAUGGAGCUUCACUAGCUUUAAAGGAUCUGCUCCUAAUUAUACUAGCAGAGUGAGAGCUAUUUCAUCUGUUCCUCUUUGACAUCUCAAAGCCAUUUGGAGGCCCACUGGGAGCCCUGGCUGCGUGCAGAACAUAAGAUCAGAGGUCUGUGUUAGAGCUCCAAAAGCUGUGCUGCUUUCUACAUUGCAAUCAUAUCAUUGAAUUGUGUCAUCGUUUUUCUUUUUGCAGGGGGAAGGUAGCACUGAAAUGACCAUGACUCCAAACAAUGCUCCCUCGCGAAAGUGAUCUUUCCUCUCUUUCCCCUCUUAGCUUGUGAAUCGGCGCUUGUAUUCAGGGAGUGCAGACAGGACGGUGAAAUGCUGGUUGGCCGAUACCGGGGAGCGAGUCCGGACAUUCAAGGCUCACAAGCACAGCGUCAGCACUUUGAAAUACCAUGCUGGAAUAUGUAAGUUCCAACAAACCUUCCCAAUUUCCUUUUCUCAUCUUGUCCACUGGCAACAGAUAUGUUAGUCCAGGAACGACCACCUUCUGUGUAUUCUCCUUAUAGCAGAAUUUUGCCACAACUUUCCAAGUCCUGAGGGUAUGAAGGAGACAAGCAUCCCCAUGCUAUUCUCCUUAUUUUGUUAAGUAAGCCAAAAACACAGAGCCAGGCAGAGGCUCAUCUUGUUUCAGAUUUUGAAUUUUCUUUCCUCUCAUCCCUGAUGCCAUUUUGCUCACCUGGCACACUUUGCUAGAGUUGAAGACACACUUAUAUUUUUAGACCAGGCCUGUGAAAUUGCUUUUGUGUAUGUUGCAGAGCUUGUAAUGGCACCGCUUAGCAACUUUGGUGAUUAAGUGGUAUAUAAAUAGUUGAAAGUAAGUAAUAAGUAAAUUGGCUGCAAACAAUAAAAAUCUGACUGACAGAUGUUGCAAGAAGUGAAAGCAGAUGAGUAUCGAUGAAAAAUUCCUGUUAAGGAUGUAGAUUGUGAAUGAGUGACAUCUUUUCAAAAACUUAGCAGUGGUUAUUGCUUUAAAUCUCAUUUUGGUGGCUUGCUAUGGUCUCUGGUUAAACCAGUUUUCCAGGCAUUUGUGGAAAAACUAUACUGCAGAAAAACCAAAUACCUCCUAGAACAGAAGUGAGGAAUUCACAGCCUGUGGGCCAAUCCUGGCCUGCUAGAAAAUCCAGUUUGGCUUACAAGGCCAUUUCACCCAAUCCAUGCCCAGCUGAUGUCACGCUGAUGGGUGAGUGAUGUCAGCUGAUAUACAAGGGCAGGGCUUUGAUUGAGUUUACUUAUAUGUCACUUUUCCACAACAAGUUGUGCCCAAAGUGGCGUACAGCAAACAUUCAAAGCAUUAAAAGUACAAAUAUACAAAAUAUAGUAUAUGUCAGUAAAUUCAAAAUAGGAAAAAUCUGUAGUUUAGGAAACACAUAAUAAACUCAACAUUACAAAGAAAAAACCAAUCUAGGCUUAAGUACAUAAAUACAAAGCAAAAAUAAAAUUUUCCAUUGGUUGCACCCCCUGUUUCCUACAGGGUUGGGGCUGUGCACCCAAAGUAGCAGGAUGUAACCCCUUUUCUCAUCACCUGAUGCGGUUAAAUCCUGCUCAGACGCCUGCAGAGAGCAGGACUGAAGUCUUUGCUCAUCAGGUGAAGGGAACACACUGGCAUAGCACACAGCCCCACCCCCGUCAACUUUGACAGGUAGGCAGGACCACCCAGAUAUCAGUAGCCUGAUGCCAUUAUGACAUCAGAUGAUUGACAGAUGGGUCAGCCGAGCCAGCUGUCAUAUUUCCAUGGGGGUGUGGGGAGAUAAGGAUCUGGCAUGUCAGGCUAAAAAGACUCCCUACCCUGUCAUAGAAGCAUGUAGGUUUUGGCAUGAACUCCCUGGAAUGGAUCCAUGUAGCCCAGAGUUCUGGCCUGCAGAGAGGGGACUCUGUAACUUGAAGGCUGGAAUCCCUUUCAGCUGCAUGGUAGGUAAUGAGCAUAUUGGGUUGCGGUGGCAAGGAAUUACAUUAGCAGCUAACUUCCUCCUCAUGCCCCCACUGCCCAUGGUCCAGGUGGCUUCAUUCCAAUGGGGCUUUAAUCAGAGGUGUGGCUCGCAGAUUAUGCCCUUGGCAUUAGCUGCUACCACUUAAAAGCCAAGUGUUAAAUUGGGGCUCUUCCCCUGCUGGCAGUACCCUACCUUGCUAGCCCGAAAGAUUAAGAUGCAUAGCCACACUGCAAAUUAUAUUAUGCUCCCCCCCACCACCUUCAAUUGAAUGUUGAGGGUACUUUAAGGCAAUUUUGGGCUGCAAGUGCAGAGGGAUUCUGAACUAGGUCUUUCUUUAUUUUUUGCCCCCUGUGCACCCUUGGCCUUGGUAGAAAAGCAGAACAGUCAGUUGUUCAUCCAGAGAUAGUCACACUCUCCCCUUCUGUAGCAGCAGACCAAGGCCUUUGCGUUUAAGGAAUAAAUGCUUCCAGAUGGCACAAAAUCAUCCUGGCAGUUGGCAAACUUGGACUGUUCUCCUGAUCUCUGUUAAAAAAAACCACCCAACAACGUAGUAAUUGGAUGUAAAGUAAUAAAUGUUCUCAGAGGGCGUUACUGGCUUUGCAUGCAUUUUUUCUACAUAUACCCAAUCUGAUACCCCUUUCAGACUUUAUUCAUGCUGACACAACCCCAGUUGCAUACUGGAUGUGCAGCAAGCAUACAGCUGAAAUGGCAUGAUUUGUGCUGAAAACAGCUGCGGUUGUGUUUUGAUGCCCAUUCUGCAUCAACAGGUUUCCUUCCCUCUUAGCCUGGACAUGCUAGAAUUGAAAGGGUAGAGAGGAUGUUUGCCUACCUGAAGUAAUCAUACCAGAAAGCAUCCUUGGCAACUAAAGCUAGGAGUCUACCCCUUGCAGCCUGAGCUGCAAAAACGUUGCUGGCUCUAGAAUGCUUUAGUAAUGCAUUCCUUCAUGUCUUGUCAUCUUAACACCAUAGCCAGUCAGGAGCUCCCUUAUUCUGAGCCCGAGCACAUGCACACGAAAGCUCAUACCAAUAACAUAGUUGGUCCCUAAGGUGCUACUGGAAGGAUUUUUUUUUAUUUUGUUUCGACUACGGCAGACCAACACGGCUACCUACCUGGAACUAGCUCAGUAUUGUUUGCAGAGAGUGGCAGCAACUCUCCAGGGUUUCAGGCAGGAGUCUGGAGAUACCAGCCAUCUAACCUGCAGGCAGGACAUGCUCUUUGCCACUGAGCCAUGGGCCUUGACCUCUUGAGAUAUGUUUUAGCUUUGAAUACAGAAAACAGGAGCUUAAGGGUGAAUUGGACGUCGUGUGUAAUUCACUCCUAAUGCCCUUCCCUUCCCAAUACACCUAACAGAGGCUGUGCCACUCUUUGCAACCCAGAACUGUUUGCCACCUAGACCCAUUAAUAAGAAUUCAUUGCUAGAUGGGAGGAGAAAGAUACCAUGUGAGUGCUGGGAGGAGCUAUUACCUCUGUGGGUGGUAAAGGGCAAAGAAUUGCCUUUAAGAGAGGACUCUAAAUUUGACAGGCAUGGCACCAUUCUGGACCCUUCGGAAGCCUUUUCUUGCUUUACAGCAUGUCUGGAUUGUAAGUGCAACCUUUGUUUGAUUAUGUUUAUCACAUGAACCCUGUGAUUAUGGGUCUCUAUAGCAGGAUACCUUUUCAAAGUAAAAAAUGCCCUGGGUUAAUUGAAUGAAAAAGAAUAUUUAACACAUUCCAAAUAGAAAUGCCCCUUUUUAGAAGACACUAAGAUUAAAAAUGACUUGCUCUGUUGUUCAAACAAUUAAUUAAAGAAAAGAAAAUCUCAUUCUGCUUGCUAAGUGAUUCAUUGUUUGUGUUACAUCCUGUGGUAUAUUUGGUCUUCGUGCCCAACUGAUAGAAAAGGAAAUUACAUGGCUAUAUAGGGUGUUUAGCUUUGAUUUAAUUUAUAAUUGAUGUCAUAAAUUCUUAUUGAUGUCAUAAAUUUUAAGGCUUUUUUUUGCAUGUGCCAGUUGUUUCCAUCUUUGGUAUUUGGUGAAUGCUUAUAAAUUAAAAAAAAUGUAAAGCUGAGGAGUGCCAAAAUAUAUAAGAUAGUUGGGUUCAGUUCCCCUCCUUGUGAAUUUCACUGAGAGAAUUGGGGAAAGUGCCCAUCCCAGCCUACCUUUCAGGUUACUGUGAGGAUAAAAAGCGAAAAAAUACAUUACGACUCCCCUGACAUAAAUUCUUAUUUUAUUGAGUGCUAUAUUCAGCCUCAGGGUGGAUUAUCAAAUUAGAAUUAGCUAUCAAAAAUAGGAAUUAGCUGAAAAUAAUUCCCAAAGGGUUGGCACAUUUACCUUCUCUGUUCCACCCCUUGCUCUUAUAAGACUCGCUUUAGGCUACAACCCUGAACCGACUUAUCAGGGAGUAAGUUCUGAUGAAUUCAAUGACACUUAUCUUGUGUAGUUUGAAUCUUCGCUUUGUUGCCUGCCAAGCUGACCCUUUGGGUUGAAAAUAGGAGAAAACAAACAUUUUAAUAGCAAACGAAUAAUAAAAAAAGUUUUUCUGAAAAGGUCCCUCAUCCUUGUUUUCAUUACAGUGUUUACAGGAAGUGGUGACGCCUGUGCCCGAGCUUUUAAUACCAAGACCGGCAUCCUGCAAAGAGUGUUCCGAGGUCACAAGCUGGUUAUUAACUGCAUCCAGGUGAGCCUCACAAAGAGCAGCUGCACAACACUUGGCUAUAGCUCUGUGGGUCAGGAACUGUUUGGUGUCACUUCCUUUACAAGUACUUAAGGGUUCCUUCUGUUAGCUAUUAAUGGCAGGCUGGGCCAUAGCUCACUUUUAUAACACAUGCUUUGGAUGCUGAAGGCCUCAGGUUCAAUCCUCAGCAUCUCCAGGUAGGCUAGAAAAGAGCAUUGAAAAGCUCCUUCCUGCUGGUCCAGACAAAGGCUCAGCCAGAUGGAACAAUGGACUGACAUUGUUACCGAUACUCAUUGAUUGUUGUGCAGUGAUGGAUGUGGAAGAUUCUUAAGAAAAAGGCUCUACUGGGGGGGGGGGAUUGUUUCCUUGCUCAUAGGGUCACCCUGUGAAGUUGAUUUGCUUAGACAGCUUUAAAAUAAGUUCCAGACCCAUCCAUGGUGACUGGGUCCUAAGUUAAUUCACAAUAUCCAACCAAAUGUUGCUUAGGCAACCUGGGGAUUCAAGCCAGCCCCCGUAGACUUCAUACCUGGCUGCUUGCUAUAACCCCAGUCUGCAAGCUCUCAGUGAGCUAAGGCACAUGCAAAAAAGCUCUUUCACCCAUUCCUCCCCAGUAAACAGAAGUGGACUCUUUAGCAGAGCCCUCUCAUAAUUAUGCACCCAACAUGCCUGAGAUGAAGGCCAAAAGCUUCCGUCAGAGUGAGCAGCGAGAGAGGCAUUGGCUGUGCUCUUCUGUUAUGCACUCACAUUCGUGAGCCAAGAUAGGCACAUGGCAGUGAGCAGCUCCCUGGAAAAAACAACGCUCUAAUGCUCUUUUGUGCUGCAUGGAGUGGGGUGAGUCAAGAGCCCUUUGUUUUUUGGAUGGAGCCCGCAGGAAGUGGGAGCCAGGAGGUCAAGAUAAUGAUGCCUCUUCAGGUUUCGUUACAUUUGAAACACUUUGUUAAAAAUUACUUCGGUGUUUAAGUAUAAAUAAAAUUAGGAUUGCAUCUCCUGCCACUAUCGGUUUGAAGCUGGGUGUUGUGUCUGCUUCUGAGUGGCAGGCAUUAGCAGGCCUCCUCUGCCAGACUUUGUUCCUUCUGUGCUUGCUACACUUUCUUCUUCUCAUCAUGCUGGAGGCAGGGUGAGGGGGAAUAAAGGAGUACUUCCCGUUUUCUUUGCGUGCUCCCUUUGGUUGCACAUGAACAGGUCCUGCCUCUGACAAAACUGUGGGUGUCUUUUUACCUGUCACAUAUCACAGAUGUGAGGAACCUUUGGUCCUCCAGAUGUUGCUGAUCUACAACUCCCCUGGAAAGCAUAUUUGGGGAGGCAGUGUGAAGGUUGGGGUGUGUGUCAAAUUUUGCCGAGGGCUAAUCAAAAAAGGCAUUGAGGGCCACAUACGGCCCUUGGGCCGCAAACUGAACCACCAUACAGUCAUACCUCGGGUUACAGACGCUUCAGGUUGUGUGUUUUUUUGGGUUACAGACCUGCCAAAACCCAGAAGUACCGGAACGGGCUACUUCCAGGUUUCGGGGGUCGUGCAUGUGCAGAAACACCGAAUCGCAACCCGCGCGUGCGCAGAUGCGCCGCUGUGGAUUGCAAACGUGUAUCCCGCAUGGAUCACGUUCGCAUCCCAAGUGUCCACUGUACCAUGAAAUAAUAAAGGAGGCGGUUGCUUUACAUCUUUGUAACCAGCCACCCCACCCACACCUGGGAUUGGGCUCAGAAGGAAGGGAGAAAACCCUGCUCCACAAAUGGGUUGUACAAAAAAAGGAACAGAGAAGCUGCCUCUUUGCUUCUGUGUGCUGUGUUGUGAUUAUGGUUAAGCUGCCCUUUUAAAAUACGGCACUUUUGUUCCAGAUUCACAACGAAUUACUGUACACGGCCUCCCACGACGGCACGCUAAGGAUCUGGGACAUACGGCAGGUCAGCAAGCGGAGCAAGCGGCGCUGGAAGGAGAGGUCGAUCCAGGGCAGGCGUUCUCAGAAGGGAAGCCUGUCUCGGCUCUUCAACAACAAAGUGGGCUGCAUGGUGCACCAGGAAAACAGGGGGGAGCAGGAGGCCAUGGAGCUCGUGUGACGGCUGGGCUGGUGCGAGAGGACAGGAAGCACCCAGUCAACUACAUAAGGGAACGCCUGAGCCAACUGACUUACCAAGCCAAAUGCAGCCUGUAGCUCAUUAUACUGAGCAGGCCUAUCAGGGGCUCAAAUUCCAUGUCCUGGCAUUUCUGCCCGCCUGCCAUAAUCAAGCACCUGGCUGGCCACAGCCUUGUAUCCUGGGUGGGCUGCGUUCAGCAAGGUGGGUCACAAGCUGUGUGGGCACGAUCCUGGCCUGAUACUGAUGAAAUGCAAUAAAAAAAGAAGUAAGGAGGUGAACUAUGACAAAUACCUAUUUCAUGAUGAUGUAUCUAUUCUCGUGAACAUAUAGAAAUGCCCGUUUUGUUGGCCUACUGCAUCACACACCAUUUGUCGCCCACAGAGAUGUCUCAUCCUGCACGCUGCAGGUGCAGAUUUCUAAGCAACUGGGCCCGCAGAGCCAGUACAACUAGGAGCUGCUCAGAAAGGGAGGGGGCAAGGAAGACUCAGGGGUGGAAGCCAGAGCUUUAACAGGUCAGUCAUAGAAGGUUAGGGAGCCUGAGGUCAUGUUUAGGUGGCAUGUCACAGAACAGGGGUAUAUGGUAACUCCCCCCCCCCCCAUUUGCUUUGUGCCCAGACCUGGAAAGGUAUUUAAUGGUACAUGCAGAAAAAAGCAGUUGCCGUGCAUUGGAUGUGUACUUAAUGCCUUGUUAACAACAUAUUCCCAUUCCAUAAUUUAACACCAGGGGAAACUGCUUCUCUGGGUUUUGCAGCAGAGCCAGCUAAGCAGAGCACUGAUUACUGAUGUCUGUAAUCCCUCGUUCUCCUCUGAGCAGUUUUGCAAUUAUUUGCAAAUGAAUCAUGCUAAAUGGAUGGAUAAGUUCAUGAAUGAUGUGGCACUUUUACAACCUCCCCCCCCCCGCCGCUCCCUGUAGAGCAUGAUGCAUAUGCAAAGCAUAUUGCAUCCAAGGUGGGAUCACAGCCACCCACCAAUCAGCACUUUGCACAGCUGCCUUUCCACUUAAGAGAGCCAGCGCAUUUCCGCAUCUGCACUAGGCUGUGGCUUAGUUUAGUGUGAUGUGCAGAAAUUGCCAUUGUGGUAGGUUGUGAGCUUUUGCACUGGCCUCUCCAGGUGGCCCUUAAACAAGAGUUUGAUCUACAGACGAGCAUAUUCAACUCCAGGCCACAAACAGCCUCACUUACUGAUUUGUUUUUCAAACUUCCGUUAAAAGCAAAAGGCUGGAUUCUUAAAAGCAAAACUGGGUUUCAGGGUGAGAGGUUUCUGGCAACAUUUGGGAACUGGAAAAUGGUUGGGCUUGUCUUCAUGAGGAUACGGUUGGAGCAAAUUGGUCUGGGUUCUAUCAGGGUAAAAUAUGGAGUGUUUUUUGUAAGUGGGUAGGAGAUACUUGUGAUAAUCUCCAUGGGGACUGGUGAUGAUAUGAGGGUCUGACGUAAGCUCUUUCAGAAGUAAAGGUGUGUAGGUUCCUUGCUGGCAGAAGGAGCAGGGAGAUACAUCUCCUGUCCUUCACUGGAGAGGAACCCUUGCAGCAAAGAUGUGUGUGUGUGUGAAUGUGUGGAAUAAGGGCCCAGCAGAGUGACUUGGAACCUGUCCUUGAGAUGGGACGUGUGUGGAGUGGAAGCUGUGUGAGCUGCUUUUCUGUUCAUGAAAGACAAAGGAAGUAGAGUCUAGCAUGAGGCUUUGGAAGACCUCUGUUGCUUGUGCGGCUGAGUUUCUCCACCUGGGGAAGCAAUCUUUUACCCUGGUUUUCUCCUUUCUCCCUCUGAUGUUUGUUUAACCACUGAGCCAUAAAUACGUAACUAUGAUGUUGUGGAUUUUGUUGUAGCAGUGUUUAACUGAAACAAGUACUUUAAUCACUUGUGUGUGGCUUUCUUUGUUGUGUAGCAUACCGAGCCAGUGCCUGUGACAAAGAAGGGGGGGGGUAAUAAAAACUGUCAUAGAGAUAACA